CAGAUUCCUCCUCCACCACCCUUCCGAUUCCAUGGGCCUCUCCGGCCUCCUCGUCCUCCCGCAAUCCUUCGGGGCGAUUUAUUUGGGGGAGACUUUUUGCAGCUACAUCAGUAUCAACAACAGCUCUAACUAUGAAGUUAGAGACAUAAUUAUAAAGGCUGAAAUUCAAACAGAGAGGCAGAGGAUCCUCCUCUUGGAUACAUCAAAAUCGCCAGUUGAAUCAAUACGUGCAGGGGGUCGAUAUGAUUUUAUUGUGGAACAUGAUGUGAAGGAACUUGGAGCUCACACACCGGUGUGUACUGCACUGUACAAUGAUGGUGAUGGUGAGAGAAAAUAUCUUCCACAGUUUUUCAAGUUCAUUGUUUCGAAUCCGCUAUCAGUUCGGACAAAGGUCCGCGCUGUCAAGGAAACUACAUAUUUAGAGGCUUGCAUUGAAAAUCAUACAAAAUCAAACCUCUAUAUGGAUCAAGUUGACUUUGAACCAUCCCAACAUUGGAGCUCUACAGUACUAAAAGCAAAUGAAAACCAUCUUGUUGGCAAUGAUUCAACAAGGCAAAUAUUUAAGCCACCAAUUCUUAUCAGAUCUGGUGGGGGAAUUUACAAUUUUCUUUAUAAAUUGAGACUCUCUUCACAGGAUUCUGGACAAGUCAAAGUUGAGGGAACUAAUAUUUUGGGUAAACUUCAAAUAACAUGGCGUACAAAUCUGGGUGAGCCUGGCCGCUUACAAACACACAGCAAAUACUUGGCACUAUUACUUUCUGCACAGACUUUUAAGUAUCCUAUUUACUUUGGGAGUUUAUGGCUUGCAUGAAUUAAUGGCUAAUUAGGUUGUAUUUUUCCACUGCAAACUGAUGGGGUUACCUCCCUUUAUAGGUUUUUUUGAUACUUCAUGGUAAUCCUUGUGUUGAACCUUUAUACCCUCCUUAGGUACCAUUGGACAUGUUAUGAAGUAUUAUUCUGUUUUAUACAAGUUCAUGGCAUUAAGCAGUUGGAGUGGAAUAGACUUUCUGGAAUACACUUAGGACAUUUUCUACCUAUAAUAGUUAUAUUUUCUUAAAGUUUUCUGGUUCCUGAUGAUUGGUUUUUCAGCUUCGGAAUCAUAUUGAUAGAAAGCCCUAGCAGCAGCUUUGGAAUCUUAGUGUUAGAAAGCUCAAGCAGCCAAAACUCCGAUUUUCUAAUCAAGGAUUACAUGCACAUAGAGAAGUUACCCUUUUAUGUUAAUGACAUGCAUAUAUACACAUAGAAUGGAUCUUGUUUUCAGCUUCUGGAAAUUAUCUUUUGCAGCCUAUUGCACACAAAGAUGUCGAGUUGCGUUUAGUGGAAGUUCCAUCUGUAAUCAACUUGGAUAGGCCCUUUUUGGUACACUUGAAUCUUGUAAACCAUACUGAUAGUAAGUUGGGCCCCUUCGAGGUUUUCUUAUCACAAAAUAAUUCACACGAGGAGAAGGUUGUUAUGAUUAAUGGUCUUCAGACAAUGGCAUUACCACAGUUGGAGGCAUCUGGUUCCACAGAUUUCCAUCUGAAUCUAAUUGCAACAAAACUUGGGGUCCAGAGAAUUAUGGGCAUUACAGUAUUUGACACACGAGAGAAGAGAAAUUAUGACCCAUUGCCAGAUUUGGAGAUUUUUGUGGAUAUGGAUUGAUUAACAGGUUAAGUCCGAUGGCUUUGGCUUGAGGAGACUUGCGGCUUGCGUAAUAUUUUAGAGAAUGAUUCAUCAAUUUAGCAAAGAUGUGAUUUCUACAUGGCAUAACUGCAAAAUUAAACAGUUUUUUUCACUGUUUACAAUUGGGGGCAAUAUUUUGAAAUUUACCAUGUGGUUUCAACGUAAAUGAAUCUAGGGCACUUGCAGUGCUGGUUGCAAUUGCACUGGCAAGAGCACACCCAUAGCCUUUGCUGUAUG